AUGCGAAAGGAAAGCAACUGCCGUUCCCCGCUCUACUCACAUUUCUCCUCCAGCAUCUCUGGCCUUGUGGUAAUUCGUGGCUUACAGGAUGCUGUCUGGUUUCGCUGGACGGCUGCACGCCGACUUUCUCAGUUGGUACGCGCUGAACUAGCUGGCUCUGCAGCUGCUGCCUGGCUGAAUAUCAGGCUACAAGCAAUUGGCCUAGUUACGCUCGCCGGUGUUGUGAUAAUCUCUGUGGUCGGAAGGCAUUUUUCUUGGAUUCAGGAUAUCGGUGGUCUCCUUAAUCUCAUGUAUUUUCUCUCUAUGAAGCCACUUUAUGUUACUUUCCACUUGAUCUUGCGUCCAUUAUGUGCAAUGUUUUCCGCCACUUAUGAUCUCUUUGUAUCCAUUUUUCUGCUGAGCCUUUCUCCCUGCUGGCUUCCUCAACCCCCCUGUGCUGGGAAUGUUGAUCUGAGUAUGCUCUAUUUGUCAGCAAUUCUCUUCUUCCAGGAUCUGUCAAAGUCUCCCUCUUACCCCAUAUUAUCCGUCUCAUAUCUUCCUGGUUCAGGGAUUUUACUCAACCACUGCCACCCCAUCUGUCCUACUCAAGGUGCUAUUCCCUACACUCUGUCUCAAGCCUUUGAUAGCACGUAUACGCUUGCUUCAGCAAACAGGCCCCCAAAGUCUGAAUCGUCAAGCUGGAUGGUGAGACCAACUUGA